AUGGAGACACCGCCCCCUACUCAAAGUGCAUUCCAGCCCGACUCGACCACGCGGCGUCCAAAGCGCCGCAAGAUUGCGGUCGCAUGCGAUGAAUGUCGUGCGCGCAAGGUGCGCUGUGACGGGAUCCAGCCCGUAUGUGGGCCAUGUGCGAAGCGCGAGGAGUAUGGUGUAAGGUGCAAAUACACCGGGGAGCCCGAGAAGAAGCGGGCUGUGAAGAACUACAUCACGACACUCGAGAAUCGGAUCAAACAUCUGGAAAGCCCGAGUGAGGUCUCGAGCCUCGAGAACCGGAUUAAACAUCUGGAAAGCCCGAGCGAGAUCUCGAGCUUGAGUACGCCUAGCACCCGAGUAUCGGGCCAUCCUAGCGCGUCGAUAUCACCGUAUGGACCAUCAUCCUUUACGAAUAUCCCGCGGACCAUACCGUUCGCGCAACGCCCUACACCGCAUAGAGCCAGCAUCUCUUCACACAAUGCGACCAUCCACUCUCCACUCAUUGCCGCUCAAAUCACACCUAGGAGCAAUUCAGGUUCCACCCCUGAGACUACGCGUGCUAUGCUAUCACAAGAGACAUCGCGUCAGGAAGACCGUACGCUUGGCGUCAAUGCCAUGAUGGGUGCGGUGGAGGAGGAACGUCCGACACAAGGAUUCUUCGGCAGCUCUAGUGCCGCGAGCUUCAUGCGCCAGAUCAAGACAGCGGUCGACAAGCGGGUCUCAUCGCCGAACCAGGACAUUUCGGAAUCCGUGCUCGGGGUUUCUCCGUCGAAUCUACUACCCGCCCAGAAGGAGCGGCAGUCUACUGUUUGCAACUACGUGCUACCACCGCGGAAAAUGGCGGAUAGCCUGAUGGAAGUCUACUGGAGCUAUGUCUUUCCUCUCUAUCCACUCGUCGAUAGCAUCCACCUUCGGGGCGAGUACGGCCGGAUAUGGACUGGCGAACCUCUGCAGUCCGAUGAGAACAUGCUCAUGUGCAUGCUGAAUGUCAUCUUCGCCCUAUCCUGCCAACUAGCCGACUUCAUCGCGCCAGCAGAGCGGGAAGCGUCCGGCGCUGCAUUCUUCUCCCGUGCCAAGGACUUGCUGCACUUUAACCUCUGGGACUCCGGAUCCGCGGCGCUUAUCCAGUGCCUGCUUCUGAUGGCGCAAUAUCUCCAGAGCACGGACUCGGCCCAUCAAUGCUGGAUUGUAACUGGGCUGGCUAUUCGCAAUGCACAGAGCAUGGGUUUGCACCUUCCGCAGACUAUUGCACGCCUUCAAAAUCCGCAGGAGCAGCAGUUGGCAAGGAAGAUCUGGCAUGGGUGUGUUUUAAUGGAUCGUGUCAUAUCCAUGACAUUCGGGCGCCCGGCUAUGAUUUCGAAAGGCUCAUGCGGCUCCGUUCCUCUACCCGCAACUGUCGACGAGGAGUAUAUCGCAUCCGCUUCCGGAGCUGAAGCAAUCCAACCCGCCGAUCGCCCGUCGAUGAUGGCAUUUUACGCCAAGUCACUCGAACUGUACGAGAUUUUGAACGAUGUCCUGCUCAGUCUCUACAAGCCCAUUCCCGAGGAAAGUCCAGAAGACAUAUACGAUUUCUAUUUCAACAGAGAACCUAGUGAAGGAGAACUCACCAUAUUUGAACUUGACCGCGCUCUCACGAAAUGGACACGCAGUCUACCCGCACAUCUGCGCGGAGACCCUUCCCCAGUAGCUGAUAACAUCAUUUUCUACCGGCAAUGUGUGGUCUUGCGAGCACGAUUCCUGCACGUCAGGAUGCUACUAUUCCGUCCAAUUCUCUCCAAAUACUGUACGGCACGCGAGAUCGCCUCCGAUCCACUCAUAUCUCUUCACGACUCAUUUCCUCAACGCGUUGCUUUGCAGUGCUCUGUGAUCUGCGUCAAAGUCGCACAAGAGGUGAUCGGUCUGAUACACAGUAACAUUCCGGCAGAUGGGACUUCUGGGCCUCUACCCGCUUGGUGGUAUAACAUACUAUAUGUCUACACCGCAGCAACUGUUUUGAUAGCCGCAUAUCUUUGCCCCGCGAUCCUCGACGAAGUCACUGAAGCAUCAAUCACCACGUCAUGGGACACCGCCCUCGAGAUCCUCCGAAAGUACCAAAGCUACAGUACAUCUGCGCGACGAUGCGUAGCGGCUCUUGAGAUUCUGUACGAACGGGUUGUAUCUGAAGCGCCGCCGGUGCAUAUCCAAGGUCCAGAUGUCGCUCCCGCCGCAGGGGCGGGUGUGGGAGCUCCGCUUGGUGCAAUCGGAGAUGUGUCCCUUGGCGAGGGGAUGAAUGCAAGUUUCCUCGACGCGUUCGAACUACCGGACUUUCAAGAUAUGUCGUGGUUGAAUAGUGUUCCGAGUCAUUUGUACUAA